AUGGCGGCGCUGCAGCAGCUGCACGGGAACAGCGGCCUGAUCGGGGCGCUGCAGCAAAAGCUCGAUGGAUUGGUCGGGCUGCGAUCGGGAUUCCUCGAGGAGCUGCACCCGAGGGUGCGAGCGCGGGUGAAGGCGCUGGAGAAGCUGCAGGAGGCGCACGACGGCGUCCACGAGGCGUAUCUCGAAGAGAAAAAGGCGCUGGAGGCGAAAUACGCGGCGCUGUACGCGCCGAUGUAUAAGGCGAGAAGUGAAAUCGUGACGGGGGCGAAGGAAGCGGCGGUGCCGGACGAUGAUGAAGAGCUGAAGGCGGAGAUCGAAGCGGCGGCGAAGGACGCCGUCGAGGCGCCGAAGGGGGUGCCAGAGUUUUGGAUGAUUGCGCUCAAGAAUAACGAGGAGCUGGCGCAGAUGAUCACCGAACGCGAUGAGGGGGCGUUGAAGCACUUGAUCGAUAUCACCACGUCCGCGCUCGAGGGCGAAGACGAAGACGGCGACGAGCUGUGCGGCUUCAAGAUCGACUUUCACUUUGAAGAAAAUGAGUACUUUGAAGAUUCCGUGUUGACGAAGACGUAUCACAUGGACGACGAGGAAGACAAUCUCUUGCGAUACAUUGAGUCGAGUGAAAUCAACUGGAAAUCGGGUAAGAACUUGACGGUGAAGGUUUUGCGAAAGAAGCCGAAACCAGGGGCGAAGAACAAAAAGCCCAUCACGAAGACGGAACCGGCGGAAAGCUUUUUCCAAUUCUUCUACCCGCCCGAAGUCCCGGACGAAGAAGAGCAACAAAACAUGUCCGAAGAUGACGCCGAACAGUUGCAAGACGCGAUGGAGCAAGAUUACGAGCUCGGCAUGAUGAUCGCGAACAACUUGAUUCCAGACGCCGUCAACUGGUUCACCGGCGACGCAUUCGCCGACGACGAAGAAGAUGAAUUCGACGAAGACGACGAUGAAGACGAAUUCGACGACGAGGACGAUGAGGACGACGAGGACGACGAGGACGACGAAGAUGAAGACGAGGACGAGGAAGAAGAGUUCGUCGGCGGUAAGAAGUCUUUCGCGGCGCCGCCGGCGAUGGGCGGCGCGGCGAAGGAGGGCGAACAACCGCCCGAGUGCAAGCAGCAAUGA